AUUCCAAGGACAACUCCAUAUUUUUAAAAGCUAUGAAACUGAUGGAGCACAACUGGAGAUCUCAAGGGGAACAGGUAUUCUCUGAGCUCCACGCAGGAUGAAAGGCAAAUUGACAAAGGUCUGUCUCUAGCACAGUGAGUGGGUAGGAAUGUCAGGCCUGGGAGGGUGGAGGGAUGACAGAGCUACAGGGCUAGUGGUGGACGGGGAUGUGGCCCGGCUACUUGUGUCCCUUACCUGCCCUCAAGGGCGCUUUGUGACCAAACCACAGCACUGUGAUGUGGGCAUGGGGCUUGUGUCUGCAAGUACACACCCAGGGCUCAGUUGCCUGAGGGCAGCAGUGCGAUCGGUCACUAACUCUCAGGGCUCAGUUACCUGAAGGCAGCAGUGCGAUCGGACGCUAAUGCUUUUCAGAGGGAAGAGAUGGAGAAUUAUCUCUUCCCUCAGGAAUUCCUUACUGAUGGUUGGCUGAGCUCCAGUCCCACAUUCUGGGCAGUUAAUGCCAUCCUUGCCUUCGUAUGUGGACUGGGGCUCUUCGUCUUCUUACUUUCCUAUUUCCAGCCUGAUCCAUCCUCACCACCAGGCAAGAGACACAGGAAGAGCAGGAAGUACCAAGUGGAGCCACAGAGAAGGAGCAACAGAAGCAAGAAACAUCAGACCCUGAAAGGUUUCAGAAAAUUUCUGGAUUAUCUCAAAGAGUUUCAAGACCUGUUCUCCCUCCUGCAAAGCUGCCUGGUGAGGCUCUCUGACCAGGGGGGCUUUCACCGCUUCUUACAUCAAGCAGCCCCUGGGCAGGUGCGCCGAGGGGUGCCAGCUGGAGCCCAUCAGCCAUGCAGGGAGCUUGUGGAAGAUGCUGCUCCCACCGUGGCCCCAUCACCUGCCCUAACUCCAUUGACGGGGUCCCCUCGGCCUCUGGCCUCCACCCUGCCAGCGGGACCAAUGACCUCAAUUUCUGUUGCUUCACACUCCUCCCUGAGUACUUCCUGGCUAGCGGAGCCUUUCCUCCCCCCGGAUGGCUUUUCACACCAGCCACUUGCUCUUCCCCCUUCCCCGCCAUGUCUCCCUCCUUCGGAGGCCUCUCCUGGGCCUCUGAAAGCCUCCUUGGCCCCAGAGCAGCCGGACUCUCCUUUGACUCUCCCUCAGUGUGACUCAAGGGCACCCCCACCAUGCCCCAUCCCACAGAGUCCGGCUCCACACACACCUUGGCCAGCUGACAGGUCAGCUUCUCCUGUCCCAGCCAUCUUGGGCCUGGGCCGCUCACGCUGCCCCAUUUCGGCCCUGUCCUGGUGGCAGGCGCCUGCCAAUGCCUGGAACCUGUCCACCUCAACAUGCUUGGAGUCCCAUCAAGCGCCUCUGUCCCAUGGCCCACCAGAGGCCUUGUUCUGGGGAGACCCCACACACAGACAGGAAGAGACUAGCAUUCCCCCUUCCAUCAACCCGGAUGUCCAGAAGCUUCUGGAGAUACUCACUGCCAAGAGAAAAGAACUGAAGUUUUGGAGGGAGAAGGAAAAGAAAGAAAGGUCAAAAUACCAGCUGACCUCUUUCGGGAGAACGUUCAAGUCCCCAGGUGAUGGGCAGGACACCAUGGGCUGCCCGUCCUUCUGGAGCAUGAGUGACAAAGCAAAACAGCUGCUCGGUCCUGACAAGCCCCCACGUCCCAAGAUUCCAAGGGACAAUUUGGAGCAGAAAUGCCUCCAGCUCUUCUGGGGUCUCCCCUUUCUGCACAGCGAGUCCCUGAUGGCCACUGUCAGGGUGACCGAUCCCCCACUGGAGUUCCCCUCUGUCAUAUUCAAUGAGCUCUCUCAUGCCUUGCCACUCCAGAUUCAGGGCAAUGUGGCUCCACGCCUCUCCCUGACCCACGACUUACUUGACCCUUUGGCCCGGCCCCAAUCCUUGACCCUGAGAUUGUCCCAGUCCCUGCCCCUGCCUCUGCCCCAGCCCCUCCCUCUGGACCAGCCCCUGCCCCAGCCCCUCCCUCUGACUCAGCCUCAGCCCCUCCCUCUGGAUCAGCCUCAGCUCCCACCUCUAACUGAGCCCCAGACCCAGGCAAGCCUUGCACCCUCUGUCCCAGUGGGACCCUCUUCUCUACCACCGGAGAUGGGUAGCUGCGAGGUGUCUUGCCCUGUAGCCCAGAAGACAUGGUCUUACAUGUCAUCUGCUGUUCAAAACCUGGAAUGUCACUUUCUGGAGAAGCAACUAGAAAGGGGCAAGUUACCCCCUGUGGUGAAAAGAUCUCAGGAAGUCUUUAGCCAAGGUCCUCCUGACCUUCCCCAGGGUGGCCAAGCCCCCGAGGGCCACAGGUCAGUCUCUGUCCUUCCUGGAGAAUUGAUCGACUCUGAGCUCUGUGAGCAACCAGACUGGCACCUUUGGGAGAGGCUCAUGAAGCAAGAAAGGGACCCUUCCUGCAGGGUCCACCUGAACAUACAGCCUCACCAAGAGUUCCAGAAGGUGCCCCAGGCACACAGCUGGCACAGUCCCACAUCUGAGUCUGAGUCUACGGAUGGAAGCUGCCAGGCCACACAGAAGACUGGGUCCAGGUACCCAGGAAGGACCGUGCCAGGAAAAAGACUGGGCAAGGAUUCAAGGUCCAGUGCAGGGAGGAUCUGGAAAGAUCUACACAGGGGCGCAACAGGCUCUCCAGAGAAGGCUCCAGGAAGAAAUCGUGAGGAGUCAGACACAGACUUGAAGCCCUCCACAAGCAGCACAGAAAAGAAGCGCCCAGAGAAGGACCUGAGAGCCCAUUUCAGGAAGUUGGGGCAGUUCAGAGAGGGUCAGAUGCCUUUGGAUGUUCAACCUUCCAGGCUCGCUGCCCACCACGCCUCGGACCUUCCCGGAAAGCCAAGCCCUCAUGGGAACCCUGGAAAGCCAGUGCUUUCCAAGUGUUGGGAAUCCUCCCAUGAUUUUUCCAUCCUCAGUCCAUAUGCUCAGCGGAUGCUAGAAGCACAUAUCAUAAGGCUCAGGGUGAAGCACCGGUGGGGCCUCCCCCUCAAGGUUCUCAAGACUAUAAACCUCUUCAAGUUGAAGAAGGGCUUCCUCCUCUCCCAGUCCUUCCCACCCCGCUCAGCAACCUGCAUAUCCAAGGCUGGCUCAGGCACCAAGUUCUUGGGAAAUCCUCCUCAGCCCUAUCAAGGAGAGGUGAUGAAAGAGUCUUACCCCCCCUGGGGGGGGGCCCUCGGUGUUCCCCAGCCUACGUGUGAGGAAAUCCAGCAGGCUCUGGAAGGGUCCUCACCUGGGGGUGGCCCUCUGGCUGGACAGGGGGCCAGUCCACCUUCUCGGACCUCCAUAUACGGCUUUGUGGGUAGAAUCUGGCACAGUGAAACUCCCUCUAGGACUCUUAUGAACAGCAACUUGGAGUCAAGUCCAAGUCCAGCAAUGGCCACAAAGGAGCCAAGGAGGGUCAAUGGGGGUCAGGUCUCACGGGAUGUGACCGUGCUAGAGCUGAACUUAGAGGCCCAGGAUUUGAGUGCCAAAGAGCCCGGGGAGGUGGGAGAGGUCAAGGAGACCCCUGCCUGGGGAGUCACCUUAGAACCCCGUGUGCUGGCCAACAACCAAGGCCUCCGUGGCAAGGGGAGAAGAUCAGGGUCUUCAGGGAAAAGUGACAGCCCCCUGCAACAUACACAGUUGGUCGCCCGAGACCCCAAAGAGCUAUGCCUUGAGGCAUGGCACAGGAGAUCAGAGCCCCGGAAGUUGAUGGAGUCAGAGAACCAGCCUUGUGAUCCCACCCCCACCAUGUUCCUCCAAGACUGUGAAACUGGGGUCCUCCUUCAAGACUGUGCGACUGAGCGUCUCCUUCAAGACUGUCAGUCCAACAUGUUCAUCGCUGCCGACAUCUUGGCUUCUCAGGGAUCUCUGUCUGGCUUCCAGAGCGGGUCCAGUGAAGACACAUCUACUUCCCAGGUGGUGCAUGGCCAAAGAUCCCAUGGCCAGAGCCCCUACAGGCAGCCAGGACACCUGGGACUGCAGCACCAAUGUAAGAGCCCGAGCAGGUCACGGAUCACCCCCAAGGAGAGAGAGAGCUCCAGGAGGUCCCCCUCGAGAGCGCCUGCCAAAGAGCUGUCCGAACUGAAGCUCCUCCAGAUCAGUGAGGUGAAACACCCAGUCCAGAGCAAGGAGUCAGGAGAAGCCUCGGGAAGCAAGGCCUGUGAGAUCUUGCUGAAGAAGGAAGAGGCGCCGCCGGAAAGCUACUUCAGGAGAAGGAUGACGCACUUGUUCCAGUGGUUCUUUCCCAGUAGAGGCAGAGGACUGGAAGAUUCCCUUCAAAAGGGCAAGCCUUCAUCAUCCCAGGGCCGGAGACAAGUCAUGGGCAGGUCAGCCAUGGAGAGAGCUUCUGCCGAGGCUCAGGUGGUCGUGAGGGCUGUGGAGCGGAUCCUAGAGGAGAAAAUAUUGCCUUACCAGGGACUCAGGGUCCCGGAGGUCGGCCGGUGCAAAAAGGAUCUCCAGGCUUCGGCAGACCCCAAUGUCUCCUACCACAGGGUUCUCUCUUACCAAGAGCAGAGGAGAGUGAUGAGGGAGACAGCCAGUCCACAGGGCACCCCCAGGGGCCACAACUAUGCCAACAAGACCGAGUGGAUUGGGUGGCCCUUCCCCACCAGGGUGCCAGAGUGCCCAAGCAGACCCUGCCAGAACCGGUCCCUGGUGCCGGGCCCUUCAGGCCGCACCCUGCAGGCCCACUGCCCCAGGCACUGCCUCCUUCAAAGAGACAUUUCACCUGGCCAGCCACUGUGUGCUUCUCAUGCCUUUCCUGGCAGGACAAAUUUCCUCCAAGAAAAAACGCAAACGGUGCAGAGAAAAUAUUUUUUUUCUCACAUUAGCACAUCUUCUAUGGGCUAA